GAGGAGCUCAAGGAGGAGGCCCAACCAGUCAACCAGAGCCGCCACUCAACCUGGCUUGGCUGGGCCUUGGGUCGAUUCACUCGUCUGCUCGCCGACGGACCGACCAAACCCUCGCGCCCGCCGCUACCCACCACCACGCCGCCGCCGCCGGCGCUGAUGGAGGAGCUCGAGGAGGAGAUCCUCCUCCGGUUCCCUCCGCACGAGCGCGCGCUCCUCGUCCGCGCCUCCCUCGUCUGCAAGCGCUGGCGCCGCCUCGUCUCGGACCCCCUCUUCCGCCGCAGGUUCCGCUAGCUACACCGCGCGCCGCCCAUGCUGGGGUUCCUCUGCAACAUCGCGGACGACUCGGAGGACGCCAGCACGGCCGGUUUCGUCGCCACGGCCGCCUUCUGCUCGCCGGACGCGGACCUCGACGGCUUCCGCCCGCUCGACGCCCGCCACGGCCGCGUACUCCUCCACAGCUCAGAGGACGCCCUCGUGGUCUGGGACCCCAUCGCCAACGACGCGCUGCAGCUGCCCGUCCCCGAUCUCCGGCGGUACACCUACAGCUGGACGGCGGCGAUCCUCUGCGCCGUCGGCAGCACCUGGGACCACCUCGAUUGCAUUGGGGACCAUUCCUCGUGGAGUCGUGGUGUAUGUGGGCUCUGGUGGUUCUGGGGAGGCGUUCAUCUGCACCUACUCGUCCGAUGCUGGUACCUGGAGCGAGCCGAUCAGCACAGAGCUGCCCCUGGACUUUGUCGUCUUGAUGCCCAGUGUGCUCGUGGGGAACGCACUCUACUUUGGGUUCCUGAUCAGGAAAUCACUCCUGAAGUAUGAUCUGGAAUCGCACGAGGUGUCUGUAAUUGGAGUGCCACAAACAUUCUGCAUCUGGCGUCUGGCGACAUGUCGUGCUCGAUGGUGGGCUAGCAUUAGCCACCUUACAAGAAUGCAAACUCUGCCUUUGGAGGAAGGCUGGCCCUGAGGUAGAUGCAGGAUGCACACAAUAACAGAGCCAUUGAGCUUGAGACGCUGCUCCCAGCUGAUGCCUUCUUCACCUGGGCUAAUGUGGUUGGCUUCGCUGAUGGGACUGAUGUGAUUUUCCUAAGGGUAGGUCUCAUGCUCCUCACAAUUGAUCUAAAGACCUAUGAGGUGAAGAAGGUCUGCAGCGGCAAAAACAUCUACACUGCCAUUCCUUACAUGAGCUUCUGCACUCCAGCACCUGGUGCAGCCUGUACAGAUGAAGGAUCAAGCGUGUGUGUCUCAGGUGCAUGAAAAACUUGAUGGAAAAUUGAGUAACAGUAGUAAUGGUAAUCACACGGUAUCUAUGGUGGGAUGGCACUUUUAGCAUCAGUGAGAUUGGUGCUCGCCUUCAGGUUUCUGUGUUUUUUAAGCUGUAGUUUUGUUAUGAACCUUAGUUCAUUUGGGGAUAGGGAGGAUAACCAUUGCCAGGAAGAUGGCCGGGCAAAGUCGGCGUGGAGAGAGAUUAGAUUUUUGGGGGACUUGGGAAUUGAUUUUUGUUCAUUGUUUCAUUGCUUGCUUAAAAGAGAUACAAUCCCAUCUUUAUAUAGAUGAGCUGAC